AGGUAUUGGAGGUUUGUGUACAUGGAGCGAGGAAUCGAGCUCCUGUCACAAGACAGCUGGUCGGCGAGAUCGAAGAGUAGCAGACGUCGUCUUCAGUGUUGCUCUAUUACCGCCGAUAAACUCCUUAUACAUCUCUCAAAAUGGCGGGUGCAAUGGUUCGGGCAUCAAAACUGCCCAAAUUGCAGGAUGCAUCUGAGAGUUUACUUGGAAGUGUGUGGGGAGUCUCUGGUCCAGUGGUGACAGCCAAGCAGAUGAGUGGGUCUGCUAUGUACGAGUUGGUGCGUGUGGGUCACCAGGAACUAGUCGGAGAAAUCAUCAGGCUGGAGGGAGACAUGGCCACCAUCCAGGUAUAUGAAGAGACAUCUGGUGUAACUGUUGGUGAUCCAGUGUUGAAAACUGGAAAGCCUCUGUCUGUGGAGUUGGGCCCUGGAAUAAUGGGUAACAUCUAUGAUGGUAUCCAGCGUCCACUGCAGGAGAUUUGUGACCUCACACAGUCUAUCUACAUUCCUAAGGGUGUCUCUACGCCUGCUCUCUCUCGUUCCAAGAUGUGGGAAUUUAUACCGGAGCGGACUGUUAAGGUUGGAAGUCACAUCACUGGAGGUGACAUCUUUGGUAUGGUACAUGAAAACUCUAUCAUUGACCAUAGAAUAGUUCUGCCACCAAAAGCUCGUGGAACAGUUACAUACCUUGCUGCUCCAGGCAACUACACUGUGGAUGAAUCAGUGCUGGAGGUAGAGUUUGAUGGAGAGAAGCACAAGUACUCCAUGAUGCAGGUAUGGCCGGUGCGUCAACCACGACCAGUGAGUGAGAAACUGCAUGCAAAUCACCCCUUGUUAACUGGGCAGCGAGUUUUGGAUUCUCUCUUCCCCUGUGUCCUGGGAGGAACCACGGCUAUCCCUGGUGCUUUUGGUUGUGGAAAGACUUGCAUUUCUCAGGCAUUGUCCAAGUACUCCAAUUCCAAUGUGAUUAUCUAUGUGGGAUGUGGAGAGCGAGGAAACGAGAUGGCUGAGGUAUUGCGUGAUUUCCCCGAGUUGGAGUUGGAGAUCGAUGGCAAGAAAGACUCUAUCAUGAAACGCACAUCUCUUGUUGCCAAUACAUCCAACAUGCCUGUAGCUGCACGAGAAGCUUCCAUCUACACUGGCAUCACGCUCUCGGAAUACUUCCGUGACAUGGGUCUCCAUGUGUCCAUGAUGGCCGACUCUACCUCCCGUUGGGCUGAGGCUUUGCGUGAAAUCUCUGGUAGACUGGCUGAGAUGCCUGCUGAUUCUGGUUAUCCUGCAUACUUGGGUGCUCGUCUGGCUUCUUUCUAUGAACGUGCUGGUAGAGUCAAGUGUUUAGGCAACCCUGAGCGUGAAGGCUCGGUGACCAUUGUGGGUGCAGUGUCUCCUCCUGGUGGUGACUUCUCCGAUCCUGUAACUUCUGCCACACUUGGUAUUGUACAGGUGUUCUGGGGUCUUGACAAGAAGCUGGCACAGCGUAAACAUUUCCCCUCAGUCAACUGGCUUCAAUCAUACUCAAAGUACAUGCGUGCUCUAGAGGAGUAUUAUGAUGCAAACUAUCCUGAAUUUAUUUCAUACAGGACCAAAGUAAGAGAAAUUCUGCAGGAGGAAGAUGACCUGGCUGAGAUUGUGCAGCUGGUAGGCAAGGCUUCACUCUCUGAUGCUGACAAGAUUACACUGGAGGUUGCCCGAAUUAUCAAGGAUGACUUCCUCCAACAAAAUUCUUACACUUCAUAUGAUCGCUUUUGUCCAUUCUACAAGACGGUCGGGAUGAUGAAAAAUAUUGUUGCCUUUUACGAUAUGUCGCGACAAAUUGUCAACCGUACAGCGCAGAGUGACAAUAAGGUAACAUGGCAGAUUAUUCGAGACUCAAUGGGUCAGAUAUUGUACGAGCUGUCUUCUAUGAAGUUCAAGGACACAUUUAAGGAUGGAGAGGUCAAGACGAAGAAAGAUUUUGACGAAAUUUAUGAAAAUAUUCAACAGGCCUUCAGAAAUCUUGAAGAUUAAGAGGAGACACUACAUGGUGGCACUCGCCUUUCUAAUGUACUAAUCAACCUAGUGAUGCAUCUUACAUGCUGUUGUGUAUAGCUCAAAUUCAUUGUAUCAUUGAUUUGAUUCACAUACUCAUAAACAUAGCUCACAGCUCACUUGUGAGUAGGGUGCGCAUUAGCUUGGUCAAUUGUCAGGAUUACAGUAGGAAAGUGUCGUAUGAACCUUCUGGCCAUUCCACUACCCAGUAAUUUUUUGGGUAGUAAAGUAUUGUGCUCGCCCUGUUCUGGAUCAUGUGGGCCUUAUGUAAAUUUUACUUAGUAUUUAUAUAGUAGGGAGAGUACUAUAAUUUGUUUUGUAUAGUUAUACCAUGAGAUUUCUUUUAAAGUAAGUUAUGUGUAUAAAAACUAUUCUCUCUCUCCAUUGUUAGCCAAGGAAGGAGUGACUUGCUUGGGACUGGAUGUUUGUUAAUUUCAUUAAGUGUUUAGUAGAAACUAGGCCAUGGGGAUGAUGAAACCCAGUCAAAAAUAGGUAGCCUAAUGUGUGUGUAUGUGUGUGUGGUGCGGAAUGCACUGUCUGUACACAAGAAAUUUACAAAAUUUUUGCUUGUAAACUAGACAUUCCAGACUCAAAUUUUGUGUAUAUUUGUGAAUUAUAUUACGAGUAAAGAGAUGGGACGGGAAA